UCAUAGGCUUUAAGGGAAAGGAAGCGAUGUAUUACAGCACAUUGGCUGAACUCCAUCUUGAAGAAGAAGAAAAUGGUACCACCUCAUCGAGCCCUUCAUUUUCCAGUGGCAUUUCCACCGGGAGGAAAGCCAUGCUCUCAACACAUAAUCUCUGUGACAGGAUUUGUUGACAGUGACAGAGAUGACCUCAAACUAAUGGCCUACCUAGCAGGUGCCAAGUACACAGGCUAUCUGUGUCGCAGCAAUACAGUUCUCAUCUGUAAAGAGCCCAGUGGUUUGAAGUAUGAGAAAGCUAAAGAGUGGAGAAUACCAUGUGUAAAUGCGCAGUGGCUCUGUGACAUACUGCUAGGAAAUUUUGAAGCCUUACGGCAGAUACAGCACAGUCGGUAUACAGUGUUCAGUCUUCAAGAUCCACUUUCUCCCAGUCAACAUCUAGUUCUAAACCUUUUGGAUGCUUGGAGAGUCCCAUUAAAGGUCUCAGCAGAACUUCUAAUGGGUGUGAGAUUGCCUUUGAAACCAAAGCAAAAUGAAUCCAGCCUUCAGCCAUCUUCCAAAAGGGCAAGGAUUGAAGACCUACCACCACCUACUAAAAAGCUCACCCCAGAAUUGACACCAAUGGUGCUCUUCACAGGAUUUGAACCUAUGCAAGUUCAACAGUACAUUAAGAAACUAUAUAUCCUUGGAGGUGAGGUAGCAGAAUCUGCCCAGAAAUGCACCCAUCUAAUUGCCAGUAAAGUGACCCGAACUGUGAAGUUCCUGACAGCAAUUUCUGUAGUCAAGCACAUAGUAACUCCAGAGUGGUUAGAAGAGUGUUUCAAAUGCCAGAAGUUUGUUGAUGAGCAGAACUUUGUGCUCAGAGACGCUGAAGCUGAGGUGCUAUUCUGCUUCAGUCUAGAGGAGUCUCUGAAGAGAGCACAAGUAGCUCCACUGUUCAAGGGAAAAUAUUUUUACAUUACACCUGGAAUUUGUCCCAGUCUUUCCACCAUGAAAUCUAUUGUGGAAUGCGCAGGAGGAAAAGUAUUAUCUAAGCAACCUUCUUUUCGAAAACUCAUGGAGCAUAAGCAGAACAAAAGUUUGCCGGAGAUAAUAUUGAUUUCCUGUGAAAAUGACCUUCAUUUGUGUCGAGAAUAUUUUGCAAGAGGCAUAGAUGUCCACAAUGCUGAGUUUGUCCUGACUGGGGUAUUGACUCAAACACUGGAUUAUGAAUCAUAUAAAUUUACUUGAUGGAUAGAAAGAUGCCUUACUGCUUCGGAAUCCUUGGAGCAUUAAUUCUAGCUGUUCAGCCAUUGUACAGAGCAACUAAAUACUUCCUGUGGAUGCUGUUUUUCCAGCUGUUUUCCUAGGGAUGAUGAGCAAUUUAAAGCAGGAAAGCAAAAAUAAACUGCAUCUUUUUUAGGAUGUGUGAUUUUAUUAUGCUGAAACAUAAUUUACUAUGUUUUGUAUUAUACUACCCUUUUAGAAGAGCCCACUUUAGCUAUCAGGAUUAGCCCGUUUUUAAACGUUUUACCGUAAAUGAUGGUACUUCAGCCAAAAGUAUAAUUUGGAUGUAAAAAUAAAAGGGCUUGCUAUCUAUUAAAUUAUGGAUGUUGAAGAUGAAAAUGUUUUGUACUUUAUUUUUAUUUCUUAUACUCUAUUUUCUUUUAUAUUGCUAUUUUGCCCACAUUUUAAAUAAAUGUACUUUUAAAAUGUUUUA